AUGAAUUUAAUUCCAAGAGUAACGGGAAUGACAAUCAAUAAAGAUGAAAUUGAUAAUUCAAAACAAUUAUCUAAUCUUCGAUAUGAAUCAUCAAUGAAUAUUGAUGAUAUUAUGAAACAUCUUGAUGAAUUACAAAAUAUUGCAACAAUUUCAAAUGGAAAUCGAGCUGUUAAAACAGUUGGUUUUAAUCGUACACUUGAUUAUAUAACAAAUUAUCUUUCAUUAAAUACAAAUUUAAAAGUAACAAAAAGUUUUUUUAAUUUACGAAAUUUUCAACUUCUUCGUAAUCCAACAUUUUCAUCAACAAUUGAUGGAGUUGUUAAAACAUAUACGUAUUCAACUAGUCUUUCAUUAGCAGAUUUUUAUCAUGUUCAAUAUUCAACAUCAAUUAAUAUAACUACCAAUCUUCCUCUUACAGUUAUUCCUAAUUUAGGUUGUUCAGAUAAUGAUUGGAUUACAGCAAGUCCAUCUCCUACUGGUAUUGUAGCACUUGUUAAACGAGGUGAUUGCGCUUUUGAAACAAAAGCUCUUCUUGCAAGUAAAUACAAUGUUGCUGCAUUAUUAAUUUAUAAUGAUGGUAUAACAUCUAAUAAUAUGCAACCUAUUUAUAUAAAUCUUGGUCAAAAUAAUCGUGUACCAGCACUUUUUCUUUCAUAUAAUGUUGGUCAAACACUUGCUAAUGCUGCAAAUAAUCCAUCAAAAGUAACAACUGUUCGUCUUACUAUUGUAACUGAUAGUGCAUUAAAUCCUGUUGGAAAUAUUUGUGCUGAUACAUUAACAGGUGAUCCAACUCAAACAAUUGUUAUCGGUAGUCAUAGUGAUAGUGUUACAGCUGGAGCAGGUAUUAAUGAUAAUGGCAGUGGUACUGCAGCUAAUAUUGCUUUAGCUACGACAUUAUCACGUCUUUUACAAACACCAGGUUAUAUACCUUAUAAAUAUCGUAUUCGAUUUUGUUGGUGGGGUGCUGAAGAAUUAGGUCUUCUUGGUGCCAAUUAUCAUGUAUCAGAAGCAAAAAAAUCAACUGUUGUUGGUGAACGAAUAACAGAUUAUUUGGUUAAUAUUAAUUUAGAUAUGAUAGGAUCACCAAAUUUUAUAUUCGGUAUUUAUGAUGGUAAAACAGCUACAAGUACAACUCCAGCAGUUGCAAAACCUGGAAGUAAUAAAAUGACAACAUUAUUUCAAGAUUGGUUUGUUGGAAAUAAAUAUCCUUAUGAUUAUACGAAUUUUGAUGGUCGUAGUGAUUAUGGACCAUUUUUAGCUGCUGGAAUAGUUGCAGGUGGACUUUUUACCGGUGCAGAUGGAUUAAAAACAGCAGCACAACGUGAUCGAUACGAUAAUAUGCUUGGAGCAGGUAUGGGUGGAAUUUCAGGAAUUCGACAAGAUAAAUGUUAUCAUCAAUCAUGUGAUAAAACGACUAAUAUCAAUAAAUUUGCUCUUGAUAAAAUGGUACAAGCAAGUGCAUAUGCUAUUGAAAGUCUUGGUCAAAAAUCUGAUUUAAAAAGUUGGUUAUAUCCAACAAGAGAAAUUCAACAACUCGCUAAAACAACACCACAACCAAAAUUUGAAUAUAAUUCGAUCAAUGAAUAUUUCGGACUACCUUAUUAUUGA